AUGGCAGAUCUUAGGACUUACAACAUCGAGGCCUUUACGUUGCUUGGCAUCGCAAUGUUGGUCACAGCCUUGCGAUGUGGUGUGCGUAUUAGCACGGUUGGGUGCAAGAACCUCUGGGCAGAUGAUUAUCUAGUAAUCUUAGCUGCUGGCAUCUAUGCUAUAGAGACAGGUUUGGCUUAUUCGGUUGGGAAUGUUGCCUUUGGACUGGCCAACAACUCCAUCACAGAUGAGCGACGGGCUUCUUUGCAACCAGACGACACCGAGUACCAGAUUCGUGUACUGGGUUCCAAGAUCCAACUCGCUCUAUGGGCAACCUACUCCUCUCUUCUAUGGAUCCUCAAAGCAUCAAUGUGUACCUUCUAUUAUCGCUUGACAAAAGACCUCGAAGGGUACCGAACCCGUGUCAUGGUCGGUUUUGGCUUGAUUAUUACAUCUUUCGUGGUUGUACAGAUGAAUUUACUAUUGAGCUGCAGUCCUUUCACCCAAUGGUGGCAGAUCUUCCCAGACCCAGGCGCUUUCUGCCACGCAGCCAUCUCACCCAGUCUGAUAUGGACAGGUCUUUCUUUCAACCUCAUCACAGACUUUUACCUCAUCAUGAUCCCCAUGCCAAUGCUUUGGAAGGCCGCUAUGCCUUGGCCUCAAAAGGCCGGUCUCAUCACGCUCUUUAGUUGUGGCUUGUUUGUCACCAUGGCCGCUGUCCUUCGAGUUGUACUUCUCGUCUCUUUCCCUAACAGUACAAAGGACCCUCUUAAUGGCCCUCAGCUUGCUGCUUCUUGGGCAGUUCGCGAAACCUUCGUGGCCAUCAUGACCACAAACAUCCCCAUGCUGUUUCCAAGCUUUAAGAAAUGGGCUGUACCCAUUGUCGAACGAGCUGGUUCAUCACUUAGCCUCAACCGUUCUCCUUUGAGCACCAUCACAGACUCUAGAUUCUCUGGAGCUUUAUCUCUCGACGUUUGGAAAAGGAGAACACGAGAGACAUUUCGCUUCUCAACCAGUGGUCCUACUUCACCCACCAUCAGAAAGAGCGACAUCACAGUGGGCUUUCCUUACGCCAUGUGGGAUUCACCCGUGACAACACCUGAGAAGUCCAAGACCAGAUCUUCCAUCAUGAUCCAGCCCCUUGCUUGCCAUCCUGUCCGUACCAUGGUCUGUGUCGAGGCAAUUCGUGCAGACCAACGGCUGAGCACCACAAGCGAGACGAGCGAAGCUUCUACAGUUUCUUGGGCGGAAACAUUGGUCAACUCCCCUCGACCAGAGAGAUCCGAAACCAUUCUUCCACGUGUCCACUACGAUGGAUACAGCAAAUUCGUCUGA